AUGAACAUCCUAGCAUUGCAAAGUCUACUCGCAGACAAGCCUCUCCCGGGCGUUCUCCCCGCGCUGGCCCAUGGUGUCUCACCGCAACAGUUACAAGCCACCAUAGACGCAGAGUUACACCGUCGUGCUCAACAACUUCAGCGACUUCAGACCUUGCGGAAUACAGCCGCUUCGCCCGCUAUGCGACUCCCGCUAGAAGUUAUAUCCGACAUCAUAUCCUACAUAGCACUGGAGUCAGAAGCUUCUGCGUAUGGCAUGCAGUGGAGAACGCUAACUCUUGUUUGUCGAAGAUGGCGUGAAGCAGCCCUGAAUGCGCCGAAGUUGUGGAGUUAUGUGGACCUUGUCGCCGUGUUUCACCGGGCCUCUGUCAUCAAGAUGAAUCGAGAUCGAGCACGAGGCUAUCCGCUCUCAGUGAAAUUCGAAGUACGCCCAGGUACAAAGUGGUGUUGGGCCGACGGUCAACCACUUUUCUGGGAUCCUCGACGCUUGCGCGCUUUACGCGUGCAGGUCAUACCCAAAGAAGCGCAAACCUUCCUCGAUCGUAUCACAUCCGACGACCAUCCUUGCCUCGAGGACUUGGACGUAGUCUCUGUAUUUCGCGAUAUGUCUUUCGCGAGCAAUAGAGACCCUCUGCCAGAAGACGCUGCGCUUGUACGGCUACCUGGAACUUUUUUGAGGACGAAGGCCCCUAGACUCAAGCGCCUUUACCUUGUCGACAUCUCACCACCCUGGUCUUCUCUUUGUAAUCUGACGACCUUUACUGCGACAUGGACGGAGACGUGGUCGCAGAGGUUUGAGCCAGACUGGACUCUACGUGAUAUACUCGAAGCCCUUGGCCGGUGCUCCAAACUCGAAACUCUGAUAAUCAGCUCUCCCGGCCUACCGGCCUCCGUACCGGAAGAACCCCUCCCUAUCGCUGCUAUACCGGGUUUACAUGUAUUGAGGCUGUCCGGGCCUGCGGGAUCAUGCGGACAGUUGCUGAAACAUAUCGCUUUGCCUUCCUCGACAAGGAUGACAUUUCACGCCAUCCAUUCACAAGAAGACGUGGAGGCUCUACUUCCACUCGCGGAAGGCCUGCGGCGCCAUUAUAGCGCCGGAGCCCCACUCAUGCAUUCGUUGCUGUGUGCAUCGAUAUCCAUUGUGGACCGAGGAGACGCCUUUUUGCUGUACGCUUAUGAAGACAAGGAUCUGCAUGAGCUCUCCGAUAACGACGAACACUCAAAGCCGCGUCUCUCCGUUCUAUGGACUCACUCGCAUACCCGUUCGGAGGCCCUCAAGCGUGGCGCCGCGCUCCUAUUCCCUACCCUGCCGCACAAAGACAUAUCGAUCCUCGACUUGCGCUGCGCCAGGCAUCUCGAAACGACGGAUGCAUGGACAACAAUGGUUGCGAACUUGCCGGCUUUGCGUUGCAUCGCGUUGCAUCUCGCAGAAGAGGAUGUCAAUCUGCUGCUCGUAACUCUUGCCGCCCUUGCCCACCACCCCGGUUCUCACCGCAUCUUACGCAUACACCUCGACGCGAGACAUCUUCUCGGGACUGUGCAACACAGCGGGAAUAAUGCCGUCGAAGUUCUACACAAAGUCGAAGCCGCUUACGAGCUGUUCAACCUUGUCGUCGCGCAUGCGGUAACAUCAGAGCAGCUCGGAUGUCCGCUCGAGGCGAUAGUGCUCGUGGACGCUCCGGAGAUGCUGAUUGAACGUAUACAUCCCGAUGAGGUGUCAUCCCACCUCAGCCAGGGUUUUGUCUACAACGGCGUAUUGAAGAAGGUUGCUACGCUCAAAGGGUGA